AUGGUUGUUACACGUGCUGGAAGUGUUCGAAACCAGAAGAAUGAUGAAGGAAUGGAGAAGACUUCGGAAGCCGAAGACAAUCAUCCAGCUCCCUUGGGCCAACCUCAGAACAAAGUUACUCUCAUGGUUGCCCCUCCUCAGCGUCGUCUCGCUAGGAAUGGUCAAGUUCAGGCUCCUAAUCGUCUCUCAUGGAUGGGACCCGCUGAAGUCAGGGGCGAACUCCCAGUCAUUGACCUCAAACACACGACCAUUCCGAUUGCUGAUGAAGCUAACCACGACAUGACAAUUGUCAUCACUUUUCAUCACCACCGGGUUAGGUACCUUGUAUCCAAGAAUAUUUUAUCCCUCUCCUCUCCAACAGUCAACCAAUUACUUCAAACCAAUGUUCAGCUCGAACUUAUCCCCGGUGUCGAUAUGGGACAACCACACGAAAUCAACGAGUAUACGAUGCACCUAAACGGCAAUCCGAAGGCCAUGCAAGCAGUUCUCAUGAUGCUCCACCUCAAGGGGUUUGAUGACUUGUUCAACAUCAGCUUCGAGCUCUUCACCGAGAUCGCUAUCCUCUGCGCCAGGUAUGGAUGGCAGGAUGCCCUCCGACCAUGGGUCCGUAAUUGGUUGGACAGGUUCAUCAAAAACAUCCUCAAACCAGGUCACGAAAACUGGCUGUACACAUCUAAGGUCUUCAAGUGUGAGAAGAGGGUCGACGAAUUGAUCUCAACCUUGGCAAAUGAAGUAUCUACUCCCAGUGAGUGUGGUAUCUUCAUUUUCCGCCGAGAGAAGCGUAUCUCAAAAGCCCUUUGGCCAGCCAGCACUACUGACCAGAUUAUGCAACUCCGAAAUGCCGAGGUCGCGAGGUUGACCGCCGCCCUAAGAGCCCUCGUGAACACCUUGAAGAACGAUCCCGCGGAAUGUCGCCGCCUCUGUCCUUCCGACAACUGUGUCAACCAUGCACUCGGCUCACUCGUCCGCUCGGUCCAGCAAAAUAAUCUUUCAACCCUCCUGGAUGACUAUAACGGCUGGCCAGGUUCCGUAGUUGCCCUCAGGAACAACUUGUGUGCCAUCAACUAUGACACCCUGGACAAACUAACUGUUAAUCAUACUUGUGCCUUGAAUCUUCUCAGAGAGAGGUUCAUGUUCUUGGUUAUGGCCGGUGUCGAAAAGGAGGAUGGGGAUGCUAAAUCUCCAUCGGACAACCAACCUUUCUCCAUUUCUUAA